AUGGCUGCAGCAGAGUUUAUGAUAAAUACGCGGAAGAUGAGGUAUACAGGGGAUGCCAUGGCUGCUCUGAAGGGAAGUGGUGUCGACGCCAACCUUGCAACUCAUGAUCAAUGUCCAGAUAAUUCACCUGUUGUUGUAAACAACGGAAAUGGGCCGGGUCAUUGCUGCCCCGGGCGGGUAUGGCUAGAGAGCGAAGUCAAGCCAUGUCCUCCGCGACCAGCAACAGGACGACACAUUGGGACCUAUGCAUUGACGACUGAUGUCGCUCAAUGGGUCAAGAAUGCUUUGGCAAAUUAUAAACCAGGGACAGAAGUCCUGGAACUUGUUAGGCCGUUUGCUGCCGAGUUCCAUACAUUGGUUGAAAAAGAGAGGAAGUCCAGUUUUGGCUUGCAUGAUCUCGACGCUAUCGAACUGACAUACCAAAGUACUCUCGAGAUUGGCGCUGCCAUACUCUUGGCUGCGAAUGAUAACAACGAUCCGGUUGAUUUAUCAAUCCAACUUCAUGCAUCAAGGGCUGGCGGAGAUGACCACUUCAAAUCCUGGGGUAAACUGCUUACCGGCCUUGAGUGUGACCCUCCGAUCAUCGUACAGUUUCCAUUCUACUUGAUGAUGUGUCAAGCUUUCACCUUCGAGCCAAACACUCUAAGAGAAGAUUAUGUAUACUCGGCUAUGACUGGUGUCGACUGGGCAAAAGGUCAGAAUAAAUUCAACGACCGUCUAGCCGCUUUCGAGGCUCUCGCACGGGAAUCUGUGCCGACACUCGAAGACACUAAAUCUGGCGAAGACCGUUGCUUCUGGAGGAUUGCGCUCGCGUAUCUCCACGCUAUGAAUGGUUGUGAGAACGCGAGGUCCUUUAAGACACCAAGGAAAGCCGCUAUCGAACAUGGGUUAGAUCCCGAUCUUGUUAUCGCAGCUCGUGCUUUGGAUACUAUUGGUUCUGCUUAUAUGUGCCGUGAUGGUGCUGCGUGGCUGGACAAUGAGGGCAUGGACUCCCUCAUUGGGUCUGCUCUGCCAAAUGACGUAAUGGACCUUCAUACCGACAUCUUUACUGGGGAAACUCGUAACUUACUCCGUCUUUUGUAUCCACCUGGAAACAAUAUUACGCAGACUAUAAAAAUUACAUCUACUAUCCUGUCGACCAUGCUCUGCGAAAUAUUCAGGGGCCAUCAUCGAGCACGAAUGCAUAAUCGUGAGGAUGGGCGCAUCUCAUCCACUUCGCCACCUUAUAGCUUUUGUCGUGCUCGUCACAGGCGGGUCUUUGAGACACUAGAGCUAUAUAUAAACCGAUAUCCCCAAUUCUGGGAAUGGACAUGGGAGAUUUACCGUGCAGCCAAGUCCCAGAUAACAGAGGCCGCCAUUGCUGAACCGAUUGUCUGUGGGCUCAAGAGAGCCAGGAAUCAGACUAAUUUGCCAGCAUCUCCAACUGGUAAAUUUUUCAAAUUAUGGUAUGACAUGAUCGAGGAUGGCUCUGCGCAACUGGCAAAAAAGCAACCUCUUGGUGUGAGCGAAGACUUGGCACCUACAAUACGCGACCUCCACAGUCUCUGGCAUCAAGAAUUGCUUCGCGAUAACAAGGGGUCUGGAUGGGGCCGCGAGUUCGAUCAAAGGUCAGACCGACUCUUGGGCGAAGCAGGCGACGUCCUGGCCAGUAGAGGUGGUAUAUCGGAAGAUAUGUAUAAGUUCAGCAUUGCUUAUGGGAGAUUGAGCAUGGGUUUACCGUAUGUCGCUUACCAUACUGUGGACGCUAUCAUUAUGGCGUUUGGUGCCUUACCUUAA